UCUACAAUUAUCGAUUUUUAGUGGCCUUUGGCCAUCGGGCCUCUUUCAAUUUUAGUUUGUUGAUUUUCUGGUCUGGUUCAGGCUGUAAACAAUACGGAAUUUGGCCAACAGUUCUUGGGAAAUGGCUACGUCAACGGGAGCAACUGCUGGCGACAUGUUAUAUGGUACAACUCUUUCCGCCGAAUCAAUGAAAGUCAUUGCCGAAUCAAUUGGUGUGGGGUCAUUGCCAGAUGAUGCUGCUAAAGAACUGGCUGAAGAUGUCUCCUUCAAGAUAAAACGCAUUGUCCAAGACGCUGCAAAAUUUAUGCACCACUCCAAAAGGGAAAAACUUAUACUGAGUGACAUUGAUCACGCCUUGAAAGUGCGAAAUAUAGAGCCACAAUAUGGAUUUACAGCUAAUGAUUUUAUACCCUUCCGGUUUGCCUCGGGCGGUGGCAGAGAGUUACAUUUCAUUGAAGAGAAAGAAAUGGAUUUGACAGAAAUAGUGCAGGGUAAUGUGGCAAAGGUGCCUUUGGAUAUUACACUAAGAACUCAUUGGUUGGCGGUUGAUGGCAUACAGCCCACAAUUCCUGAGAAUCCUCCGCCCUUGUCUAAGGAUCAUCAAGCCUUAGAUUCGGUAAAUCCUGUGAUAAAACUUGAACAGGGCGUAACUAAGGAUACCGCCGGCAAACCGGCAACGGGUAAAAUUCAUAAACUUAAAAAUGUGGAAACAGUGCAUGUCAAACAAUUGGCCACUCACGAGUUGUCGGUGGAACAGCAAUUGUAUUAUAAGGAAAUCACCGAGGCUUGUGUAGGUUCUGAUGAGCCCAGACGGGCAGAAGCUUUACAAUCACUUUCUUCUGAUCCUGGUUUGCACGAGAUGUUGCCUCGCAUGUGUACUUUCAUAGCAGAGGGUGUUAAGGUGAAUGUGGUGCAGAAUAAUUUGGCUUUACUGAUUUAUUUGAUGCGUAUGGUUAAAGCACUACUAGACAAUCCCUCAUUGUAUCUGGAGAAAUAUCUCCAUGAACUGAUUCCUUCGGUUACGACUUGUAUUGUCUCCAAACAAUUAUGUAUGCGCCCUGAGAUGGAUAAUCAUUGGGCUUUGCGUGACUUUGCUUCACGUUUAAUGGCUCAGAUUUGCAAAACAUUUAACACUUCCACCAAUAAUUUGCAGACUCGAGUUACUAGAAUCUUUAGCAAGGCUUUGCAAAAUGAUAAAACCCAUCUCUCCUCCUUGUAUGGCUCCAUAGCAGGCCUUUCAGAGUUGGGCGGAGAAGUUAUAAAAGUUUUCAUAAUUCCUCGUCUUAAGUUUGUCUCCGAGAGAUUAGAGACGCAUUUAUUAGGGUCGGCUCAAAGUAACACUGAUAAGACAGCUGCGGGUCAUAUCAGAGCCAUGUUGCAAAAGGUAUGUCCACCAAUAUUGAAGCAAAUACGAGGGCCUCCAGAUUUUGCAGAGGAAUAUAAAAAUGAUUUUGGCUUUCUUGGCCCAUCUUUAUGUCAGGCUGUGGUUAAAGCUCGCAACACUCCCUCAUCUUCUGUCACUAUAACGGGCUCGAAUGCCAUAUCCAGUGGUACCAUAACAUCGGCUGCACAAACUGCAACAACUAUUGGACGUCCACAAGUAACCCAAAUAACACCACAAAGGCAGCCAAGUCCUGUCAUCACCACCAUCCCACAGUUGCGAGGCAUACAACAGACCCAAAUACAACAGCAGCCACAGACACCACAGCCACAAAAGUUUGUUAUAAUGCAAACAACUACCCCACAACAAUCGUCGCCCCAAUCUGUGCUCCUAACGAGCAAUUCAGCUCUUAAUGGUAGUGGCGGCAGCAGCAUUAUUGGCGGUUCAACUAUGGCUACGACAGGCACGGGUGCAGUUGGGGGCAAUGGUUCUAAUACUCCCAGCUCUAGUAAUCUUUAUAGCAGUGUAGGCAGCACCGUUGUCAUAGGCAGCAGUAAUGUUGGUACUAAUGUCCUGAAUCGCAGUGAAAGGACAUCUGUUGAUUCAAAUUCCAUUAUAAUCGAAACGGAAGAAAUCCGACCACCACCGGAACUGGAUGAUCUGUCACAUUUGGAAUGAGACAAGCGAACGAGCGAUACCAUGUGUCAUCUUGUCAUCAUUGUUACUUGGACCGUUCACUCUAAACUUUACCAUGCUGCAGGGCAAUUUGGAAUCACAAUAAACAAAUGAAAGCUGAAAUAAAGAACUUUUUGUAGUCUUCAUAAAAUGCAUAUUUUGAAGUAGGCAAUGAAGAAUCCUUUGUGUGUAUGAAAUAAAAUGUUGAGUAGUUAACUUGGCACGCAAAAACAACGCAUGUGCUGUAAGUGAGUAAA